AUGACAGAGCAAGCAGUUGGAUACUGUGAAUCUGCACAACAGUCCCUGCUCCACAAAACCCUGACUCUUAGAAAAACAGUGGGACCUGCCCAGUCAAGCAAUACCCCUUCUGAACCAAAGAUCCAAGCCAACAUUUCUGCAGGGGCUCAGACAUUACCAUUUGCUAGUUAUAAUCUGAGUUUUGGUGACCAUGAUCAGUUGGCUCGGUUUCUCUCCUUCUUAUUCCCUGUGUUCGAGUAUUUCCCCCCAUUUUCUCAGUUCUACACUCACAAGUCGAUUUCUCUCAGCUUGUCUCACAUCGCGGUGGGCGGUCCAGGGCGAGGCUGGGAUCCGGGGCGGUUCCCGGGGCUCCGGUUGUGGGCGGUGCCCUCUCGCCGUCCCCCUCCCAGUCCUCCGUUCCACCCUCCCUCUUCCCUCCGCCCGAAGGUUCCCGGGUCUCCGGCGCCGCCUACUCUCUUCCCGGCUCUGGGCUCCCGCUACAGCCGCUGUCCGAGGAAAGGGAAGACUGGGGGGAGGGUGGGGGGGUUGGUUGAACAGAAGAGAGAGGAGGGAAAAGACCCUUGCUCGGCCUGUCGCUGUGUACCUGGAGGCAGAAGGGAAAAGAAGAGGAGGAGGAGAAAGGAGUGGGGGGAAGGAGGAGCGGCCCGGCCUGGAACCCUGAGGCCCGGGGAGAGGCGGGGAGCUGGGCCAGGGAAAGAGCCGGGUGAGCUGGGCCAAAGCACUGAGAUGCUGCUGCUGCUGCUACUGCAUUUCCUUCUUCCCUUGGGUUCUGAUGGGGCCCAGAACUCCAACACAACCUCAGAAGGUGCACUUUUCUGUAAAAUCUCUCCAGAUAACUGACAACUUCCACUUGCAUUUUCCUGUUUCCAUGCUCUCACAUUCACUUUCAA